AUUUCAUUCAACUAUUUUAUGAUAAAAAAUUGUUUAUGUUGAUUAUUUUUUAAGACUGAUUUUUUCUUAUCAAUUUACACGUAAUACUCCACGUGAAUUGUGCCAAAAUCAUUUUAGAUAAAUCCUCCACAAUCUCUGGAUGAUUUUUCAACUCACCCACAAUUUUUCUGAGCUUUAUUUUACGUGGAAAUUCCACGGUGAAAGUGUUGAAAGUAAAUCGUGAGAAGAGCAAAGGUCACUGACCUGAUUUUUGCAAGCCAUGGUCGUGAAUUUCAUUAAAUUAGCCGGAAAUAAUUCACUGAAAUCCCCAAUUAACCUAGUGCGAAUGAUGAGUUCGGUAGAGGUCAAAGUGAAACAGGGAAGAAUUCGUGGCAUACAGGGGAGUCUUCGCAAUGGGGCACCCUUUUAUGCAUUCAAGGGGAUUCCCUAUGCUAAACCACCUGUUGGUGAAUUGAGAUUUAGGCCUCCGGUUGCACUGGAAAGCUUCCCGGAUGGAGUGUUGGAUUGCACGAAGGAAGGGAAUCCGUGUGUGCACAAAGAUCCGUACACAGCUAAGAUAGUUGGAUCUGAGGAUUGUCUCUUCCUGAAUGUCUACACGCCACGAAUGGUAGAGCCAAGUGGGACAGAGAAACUCCCAGUGAUGGUGUGGAUUCACGGUGGGGCAUUUAUGAUGGAUUCCGGGAGUGAGAGAAUCUACAGUCCUGAGUAUCUCAUUCAGGAGGAUGUCAUUGUGGUGACACUGAACUACCGUUUGGGACCUUUGGGAUUCCUAUUCUACCCUCGGAAAGGUAUAACCGGGAAUGCUGGCUUGAAAGACCAACUUCUCGCACUCAAGUGGGUACAGGAGAAUAUUGAGAAGUUCGGUGGGGAUGCUCAAAAUGUGACGCUUUUUGGGGAAAGUGCUGGAGGAGCAUCAACACACAUCCACCUGUUGUGCCCCAAAUCACAACCAUUCUUCCACCGUGUCAUCUGUCAGAGUGGAACAUCCCUCAUGGAAUGGGUAAUGCAGGAGGAACCUGAAGAAAAAGCCGAGCGUCUUGCCAAGAUUGUGGGUUGUCAAUCAAAUAAACCUGAUGACAUCAUGGCCUCCUUGAUGAAGGCUCCUGCAGAAGAACUCGCACUGGGAGGUGUUAAGACCCUCACUGAGGAUGAGAAACGCCGUGGCCUACCAAUUCCCUUUAAGCCCGUUGUAGAGCCACCCGGAAAGGAUUCCCUUCUCACAGACACCCCCCUGAAUUUAGCAAAAGCUCUCAAGGCAAUUGAAAAACCCAUGAUCCUUGGGCACACGUCCAAAGAGGGCAUCAUCAUGCUCCUCGACGCUGUCCGCAAAAUAGAUCUCUACGACAAGGACUUCCAGCGAAUCAUCCCUAAGACACUAAAUGUCGUCCAAGGAAGUCGAACGUGUGAACGUGUUGCGGAUGAAAUGAGAAAAUUCUACUUCAACGGUGGGAAUAUUACUCAAGAAACCAUCCCCCAGUUUACAGACUUGCUCUCUGACUACAAUUUCAUGAUUGGGAAUCAUGUAACGGCUGAAAUUCACGCAAGGAAAGAGCACAGGCACCCCAUGUUCUUCUACCGUUUCGCCUACGAUGGCGAACUCAAUCUGCCCAAGAAGCUCUUUGGUUUGGGAAAAAAUCCCGGAGCAUGUCACGGCGAUGAUAUGUUCUACCUUUUCAAGAUGAAAAUGAUAGACAUGGAUGUGGAUGAGGGGGCGGAAGCUUUCAAAAUACGGGCCACCAUGUGCCGAAUGUGGACAAAUUUUGCAAAGUACGGCCAUCCGACACCACCGCAUGAUACGACUUUGCCUUUCAAGUGGACACCCGUGGCUCCUGUGGGUACAACGGGGGAGUACCGGCUGAAUGCCCUUGAGAUUGACCACGAGAUUAGAAUGAUUGUGGAUCCAGAGAAGGAAAGGAUGGACUUUUGGCGGCAACAAUUCAAACUCUGGAACGAUAGUUUUCUCAAGCCAAAACUCUGAGAUAAAAUUCUCAACCCAGCAACUUGACAAAAGUCAUGCGAAAUGCGGCCGGGAGAAAAGGGACAAUUCGAUAUAUAUAAUUUAUAUCAGAGGGCGAUAAAAUUAAUUAAAGUGCUCAUUUAGAUGGGGAACAGAUCCCCUCAUUAAUGCCCUCUCUGACACUUUUGAGGGCAUGGUACAUGUGGUGCACACAUAUUCGAAGACCUUUUUAGCAACAAUGGGUUUAAUGUGAGUAUAUAUAUUGAUUUUGGUGAAAGGGAUAAAAAGAAGGGAGAGAGGAGAGAAAUUCAAUAAACAAGUGCUGUGUGUGCUUUUUGUUGACUAAUUUGUAAAAGAAAGAAAAAAAAAAAGAAAUAUGAAAAUUAAUAAGUGGACUGAUAAAUGAA